GCUCCCACUCCGGAGAAGACGACCACGACCCUUGGCUAGAGAAGGAUACCCUGCAGACCCCACGCGCCACCAUUCCCACCACCUCGCGUGCCGCCCCUAGACCAGCAUCAUCCCACCAUCCGCGGAAACGGUCGAGCAUCGAAACUCUGAGACCCGAGCAUAACGCAAAAUUGGGGAACGUCGCUUCUACCGCAGCCAUGGCGUCUCCGCAGCCGGAGGACGCCACUCCUGUUGCCGUGGCUGACGACAAGGCCCCAACUCCGGCACAGGAGAACCCCGCCCCCCCAGAAACCCCAACCAAGCCGGCCGCAGCGAGUCAGGAGCCCAAGGUGCCCAUAACUCCGGCAAAGGUUACAUUCAAGGAGCCUGCACGGACGCCCCGCGCCAGGAAGAAGGUCCCCUGGAAGGGCAAAAAUAUCGUCGUUCUUCUUCCCCGGGAUGAGGAAAGAGGAGAGCCCGGAAAGGCCCCCAUCCCCUUGACCGCCGAGGAGACGGAGCGAAUGUUCCGGUCCUGGGAAGAGCUCGGCUACGGCAUCAGCGGAUUUGACCUAGAGGACACCGGGUUCUCUCUGUCUACCGAUAAUUAUGCGCAGAGUAGGACAAGCUGGCCCUCUGCGGAAGAUAUGACCAUGGAGAGGUCAAACAGGGAAUACCAAAUCACGUUGCCUGAUUUGAAUGCUUGGAAAAACUACGUCGACGAGCUAAACGAAGCUAAACUGAGGGCUCUCGGCGUGUCCUUCGGCGAUGAUGAAGAGCCGGCACUUACGUCCAUCUCUCCUGCAGCAUCGGCACCCAGUCGCCAGGCGUCUGUCCAAUAUCCUGCCCUUCCCUUCUCGCCGCCGUUGCCUACGUCGUCGGCAUCGAGCAAUCCUGCCCAUGGCUUCCCUUUCCCGCCGCAGUUCAUUCCGGGCGGGCUGUCGACCGCCGCCGCACAGAGCCCAGGGGUUCCGUCAGUGGCUUCGCCAGUGUCGUUCACCGGAGCCCCGGGCAAAUUCAACCCCCGCCAGUCCAUCUCCAUACCCAUGGGCCAUUCGCCAUUCCAGCCAGGCCACCACCAGCCUUCGCCCUCGCUGUCGGGUUGGCCCAUGUCUCACCCAACUGGCCGCACCGACUCGCCAGGUUUAUUGAACGGUAUAAUAUCGCCCAUGUCACCUUUCAUGCCCGAAGGCUUCCAACCUUCCGGUAGCCCGGCUCUGAAUAUGCACCAACGGCACCAGUCGCUGCAGUACCCCAUCUUGCCGCAUCAGCAAUUUGUCCAACAGCCGCCCGCCGGGGCGUCCCCUCGCCUCCAAGAGGUCCAGGAGGUCGACGAGGAGACGAUCGGCAAGAGUCCCUCCAAAACACCGGAACCCCUACAGAAUAUUAACGGCAACGACGAUCUACAAGCCGAAAUCGACGAAGCCGAGUAUCAUCUGGAGGAGCAGAUGCGCAACGAACUUGAGCAUGCUGACUACAGUCCGCAUCACACGGAUAGGCAACCUGAAGACUCUGACCCCGUCCAAAUCCCCUCGGCUUCCGAGAAAUCGUCUCUUGCCCACAGCAGAGAAGCGUCAUCGGUGCAGUUUCAAGCUCCCCUCCACUUCGCCAAUACCGUUGGCGACGGGCCUGUUCUCCAUCACCCGCGCCCUCACAGCCGCGGUCAUUCCCUUACGAAGAAGAAUUUCUUCGACGGGGAACCUCGCCACACCGUUGACGAUGGUAACAUGAACCACUUCUCGGCUUGGCAGGACAUAGAUGCUCAAAAGGCUGAAGACGUGGCUGAGAUUGAGACCAACCCAAGCAACCUGGGCACUCCUGUCCAAGACUUCAACAUCGCGGCCUUGUUGCAACAGCACCAGCGCUCCUUCUCGACCGCCAGCAAUCCAUGGGAUGAGCCGGCACCGAGGAUGAACAGCUCCGACACGCAGAGGCGGCCGAGCCACGGGAGCAAGCCCUCUAUCUCCAAACUCAAUGUUAACGCCCCAGAGUUCAAGUUCGACCCGAACAAGGAGUUCAAGCCCAGCGGGCAGUUCGUCUUUGGAAAUAGUAACGCCAAUUUCGAUGUCGUCUCCGAUCAUGCGCCGCCGAUAUUCCACCCAACUGCGGAUCCGUUCAUGCCGCCCGUCGCUCCACCGCCUCCUCCCUUCGCUUUUGGUUCCUCGCCAAUGAGUUUGAAUGCCUUGGCAUUCCCUCCAGGCCACGGCGAUUUCAACUUCACCGCCUCCGGACCAAAAUUCCGGCCGGAUGCUCCCUCUUUCACCCCAGUUGGUGUCUUGUCGGGCUCGUUCGGUAGCCCUCCUGCUUCUGGUAGCGAGGCUGAUAAGACCCGCCCUAACGCCAUCUUCGGCAAUCUCAACCUGUCUGAGAUCGUGAAUCCCGCUAAGAAGUCCAAGGCGAUCCCCAUCAUCCGCCCAUCGAGUAGCGACAACAAGUCUCGUCAGCAGACCCCCGCCGACGAUCGCGCCGACGACCGCAUUGCCGAUGAUGAAUCUCGUGUCAAGAGAACAAAGGCCUUUAGAGCUGACGAGGACUCUAUUCCUCGUUUCGCCGACCCCACACCCUCUCCUCAACCCGAGACUAUGAAGCCUAUGGCGUCUUUCGGCCAAGAGGACCUCGCAGCUUCUGGCAUCCGGUCCACUGACGAAGAAGGCGUCACUGCAGACACGACUAUGUCCUCCACAGUUUCGGAACAUCUCGCAGACUCGAAGGCUGUUACGGCCAGCAGCCCCUCAGACGCCUCGCAAGGCCGUUCCCAGAUGAGCUGGAAACCGUUCGAAUUCCAGUCCAAUUCGGAUGCGCGCGAAUUCAAUGAUGCCCGUCCGUUCGGCGAAGACCGCAUCAAGAAGGGUCACAAGAAGAGCUUGUCGGCAACUGCCAGGGCCUUCAUUCCCGGGGGUUUGUGGGUGGCUCCACGGGAACCCGAAUCGGAGCAGGAGGAUCAGGAGAAGCAAGAGCAUCAGGGGGAGCAGGAGGACCAUCAAGAACGGGAGGCUACCGUCGAACCCCCGGCUUGGCAGACCUCCGCUCCGAUAGAGCAACCCCCCUCGCCGCCCCAGGCCGCAUUCACUGAAGCGCGACAGCCAUCUCCAAUCGCGGACAUGUCUGCUCCGCCCGCUCAAACUAGUACCCUACGCAAGGGUCUCGGGGCCUCGCGCUUCGCCUCGCCGCCGCCCAAGCCUAAGGGUCUUAUAGCGUCGGGAUUCGCCUCUCCUUCGCCAGAACCAGAAGUCGCGCAGGAACAGGAAGCCGAAGAAACUGCGGAGACCGCUGCUCAAACGCUCACUCCCAAACCGGAAGACAUUGAUCAGAAUCUUUUUGAUACUCAGGAACCAUCCAAUGAUCUCGUCCGAGAUGCUGGCGAUGAUGCGACAAGGGACGAGCACCGUGAGCCGACAUUUGAGGAGAUCGACGCGAUCAUGGAUGAUAUCGCUCUCAACGAUCCGACCAUGGGUGUCAACAAAGCUUCUGCGGAGGAACCGCCGUGGCGUCAGCUUAGCCCGAGCCAGCAGAUGUCGAUCGCCGCCGUUACCAACUCAUCGCCUUACCAUCUUCAGCCUGCCACUCAGCUCCGAAGUGACGCUCCUAGCCCCAGUCCGCGCAAAUAUCAACAGCUCCCCAACAUUGGCGUGCCCAGGCCGUCCACAGAACUGGAGGAUCCUUUUGUGGAUCCUCCACAGACCGCCCGGUCUAUCGAGCCACCCAUUUAUCGUCUAAAUGGAAGUGAGGGUGCUGCAAAUAGUGACUGGGACGGGACAUUCAGUGAUGACGAGCAGGAGAAAUUGGAGCAACGUGUCCAGUUCUUCGACGGACGCGUCAAUGCUCAGGUCGGCGACAUCCUUGACGCACGGCUGCAGCCCAUCGAGAAGACGCUCGCGUUGCUCGAGCGUCAUCUUGCCAGGGGGGCAGCCUUUUCCGGCCGUGAACGUCGUAGUGUCUCCUUUGACUACCAAGAAAGUGAUGCCGACGACGAAGACGACGAGCCCAUCAUGCGCCGGUCGAUCAGCCCCAGGAGAGAUAGGAGGAUUGAGCAGAUGCGUGCAGUCAUCAACGACGCCCUUCAGUCUCAUCUGCGGAACACGCCACCAGCGCCGGUUCCCGCUGCGACUACGCUGGACACCGCCGUACUCUCGGCUCUCGAUGAACUCAAGGCGCAGCUGAGCUCCAACUUGCGUCCUGAAUUCCCCGCCGGCGAGGACCUCCGGAAUCUCGUUACAGAGGCAAUCGAGAGCCGCAUGCCCGCAGCCGAUGAACAACAAGAGAUGAACGACAAACUCAGUCAGCUCCAGGCCAAGAUUGUCGACCUCGAGGCACGCCUACAGGGUGAGAGCGAUCGGGUUGAGAAAGAACGAAAAGACCGGCGCGAUGCCGAAGAGUUGGCGGCCGAACUCAACAGGAAACUCCAAGCAGCCGAGACUCGUGUGGAGGUUGAGAUCAUGAACCGCAGCAUCUACGACCAGCGUGUGGGAGAUCUCGAGGACCGACUGAAGCAGCAAGAGACUCGGACGGAAGAAGAAGUGGCGGCAAGGCGCGCUGCCGAAGACCGGCUGUCUGAGGUCCAGCGUCUGCUUCGAAUCGCGAGCGAGGAAGAGAACCGGCUCCGCGAGGCCGUCGAGGAACGCAACAAAAGGAUCAAGACAAUGGAGCAGUCGACGGCCAAGUCCACGAUGCGUAUGUCGCUUCUUGAGGCGGCCCAGAACAAUUCGGCACAGUCCAAAACAGAGUUUACAAACCGGAUCAACGUCCUCGAGAACGACCUCCGUGCGGCUCGGCAGGAAGCCAGCCACUAUAAGUCCGAAGCGGAGCGUGUCUCUGAAAUCUCUCAGCGUCACCUGGCUGACCUCAAUAAUGUCCGCGAAGAGAGCACGCAGCAGCAGAGAUUCCUCGACACUCUCGGCACGCAGCUGCAGGAGAAUGAGCGCAUGAGGGAAAGCUGGCGCGCCAAGUUCCUCUCUCUGCAGGACGAGAUGACCAAGGCAGCCCGCGAGAUUACCGAGGAGAACGCACGACGGACAAAGAGGGAACAGGCCCUCGUCGCGCGACAGGAAGUUCUGGACGCCAGGCUUCAGGCUGAGGCGCGUACCAGGGAGCGCCUCGAAAUGGAGAUCGAACGGCUAGAAAACGGCGAACGGCAAGGCCUUCGGGCCGUCAGCGAGUGCAAGCGUCUUGAAGGUCUUCUCGCCGAGACGCGCACUGAAAAUCACCAGCUCCAGCAGUCCGCGUUGCGUUAUCAGCGAGAAUUUGAGGAAGCCAGAGAGUCCGGCGCCAACGAAGUAGAGCGGACGCGGAAGGCGCUCCAGUUUGAGAUUGAUCAAGCCAACAAUCAAGUCAAUGUGGUGCGGCGGGACCUGGAGGAGCACAUCAGCAAGCUCCAAGCCGAGCUCGACCAGGCCAAUCUGGAAACCGAGUCGGCCAAGGCCAGGGCCGACAUGCUCGUGGAGGAGGCUCAGUCAAGCAAGACUUCGGAGGUGGCCCAGCUCACAGAGAAGCACCAGAACGAAAUUGAGGAUCUCCAAACUCGUCAUGCCAUGCAGCUCGGAAACACCAUCGAGGAGGGGCAGAGGACGGAACAGCACCUGCUCGAGCGUCUCAGCCUGUCCGCGUCCAAAACGGAACAUCUCCAGGAUCGCGUCGCCCAUCUGGAGGAGAAACUCGAAAUUGCCAAGGAAGCAGCCCUGGCAGCGGCGAAGAGAGCCAAGUCACAGUCCCCUCCGGUUGAGCCGUCCCAGGUUUCUUCUGUUGCCUCAGCUGGGGUUCCGGCGGCACCCUCUGCCCCGGGCAUGGAGAAAUCCAGCGGUGGUGUGCCAGAGAAGAUCUCUCCUCAGGCGCUGCGCGAGUCCAUCAUGGUCCUUCAGGAGCAGCUGCAGGCCCGCGAGCAACGCAUCGAAGAGCUCGAACAUGGCAUCGAAAAACUCGAUCCUGAUGCGACCAGCAAAAUUGCCAAGCGAGACGACGAGAUCACGUGGCUACGUGAGCUCCUUGCUGUCCGGCACAGCGACCUCCAAGAUAUCAUCCAGGCCCUGUCUACGGAGGUCUAUAACAAGGAUGCUGUGAAGGAUGCCGCCAUCCGUCUCAAGGCCAAUCUGCAGAUGGAGGAGCAGGAACGCGAACGGGCCAUGAACGGCGGCUCAGCGAUUAACCUCCUCCAAGCCGCGUCGCCCCGUGUGGCGCAGGCUGUCGGACCUCUAGCUGCCGCUUGGGGCAACUGGCGCAAGUCGCAGCAGCAAUCAGGAAGGGCGGGCAGCUUCGGAACCCUUGCAGGGGCGCUCUCUUCGCCAGCGGGAGCUCCGGGCGGGAGGAACAACUCGACCCCAUCCAAGUCUACGAGUGCUCAAUCGCCCGGAAGUCUUCUCGGCGGCCUCCUCACUCCUCCCGCUUCCGGGAUCCGGCAGACACCGCCCAAUAAUGCGAGCGGAAGCCAACCCACGGCUUUCAAUGCGACAGGCAGACGCUUGACAUCCCAAGAGCUUGCCAAGGGAAUGCGAGUUCCUCCUGCUAGCUCUAGACAGGCAGAAAAACAACCGCGGAGUGGCGAGACAACGCCCCCCAGGCGGUCGAGCCGGGGACAUCCUAUGACGCCACCCAUGAUGCGCCCCAGCGCCUACGACUCGGACGCGAACCCGCAUGAUUUCGACGAGAAUGACUUCUUCCAGGAGGACUAAAUCGCGUCUGCUAAAGAAAGUCGAAACACAUCACCAUUUCCUUUGUCGAUUUGUCCACCAAUAUUAAAUAAAAAAAAAGUGUGAG